AUGCCACGAUCUGCAUCGCCCAAGAUGCCUAACCUUUCAAAACUUCUAAUGCGUCUUCGAUCGAAGCUAUCCCGCAAGCAAAUUAAAAUCGAAGUCGAACAACCAGAAGAGAACGAAACAGGCCUAGCAAAAUGUCCCACCGAGAUGAUCCUAGUCAUCGCGAAGUUUCUCCCUGAAGCUGACAUGAUCUGCUUCGCCCUCACCUGCAAGGGGUACUUCACUGUAAUCACGGGCGCGUUCGGAUUAAAACUCGAUCCCAACUCAAAGGAAAUUUUUCUAUCCCGCAUGGAAGGAGUACUCCCCGGACUCAUCUACUGCCCUUUUCGCAACAUCCUCACACCAAUCGGCAAUCGAUUCGAUAAGCGUAAUGGCCGCUUCACUACCAUUCGCAAUAACCCCAAAGCGACGGGUAGACAGGAAGUAUUCAUCAACUUCCCCUCAACCACAUUCGUCCUGAACUAUCACAAAGCAAGACUCAUCACCAACUACCAAAUCCACAGUCCCCAGCACGGCUUUCCCCCUUCUUGCCUAUCCUACCGGUUCCCAGAUCCUGGAUUUCUAAACAUUCGAUACCCAACCGUCUGGCACCAGAACGAGUUACAACGCUUUCGAAAAUUCACCGGAAGCCAAUGGGGCCCUUCAGUUUGCCACAGAGAAUCCUGGAAGGCCAGACUCUUCAACGGUGAACUCUACCUCUCCGCGACGCACACCCGACUCCAUUCAAAGGGAGACUGUCGAUCCCUAGAGGACUCCUUCGCAUCAGACAAAUUCUUCAUCUGCAUGCACACACGCGUCCCCGGUGUGCCGACCCCGGACCGCUACUACGGCAUUAGAGUACCUCGUAUCGACCAACGCGUUCUUAACGAUAGAACAUACGAAAUUGUCGGCGCAUGGAACCGUAAUUACGGCAUUGGCAUACGCGACGUCGACAACCAAUUGACCAAGGACAGAGGAUACCACGCUUCAGGCUCGUGCAUGUUCUGUUUAACCGACUGGGAAAUCACACUCGAAUGGAUUGGCUCCCCUGUGGGAUGGGUGUACACGAUCAAGACGUACCAUAACAUAGGAGAUUGUCGCUCGCCCUUCGAGGGAAAGUGGAAAGCUAUGAACACGAGAGCCAAAGUCCGAGGCAACCGCUUUCUGACACCCAAUGGUGCCGUGAAGAAUGGAUGGUUAAUGGGGGUAGAGUCUUAG